AUGCGCUCUUUCUAAUACGUUACUGUUUCUAUAGUAACAGCUCAUUCACUGAAACUUGUAUGGUGGACACUCCGCAUAAUUUGAGGCUGGGGCUGUCACUAUAACUACUUUUGUUGGACAAUAUAUUGUCCCAGAAAUAAUUGCAAUAAGCGAUAUUACUGUAAUUUUAAGACCAUUUUUAAUGCCACUGAUAUAAUGAUAACAUAAUUGCAUAAUAAUGCAUGUACAGCCUUUCAAAGAGAAAUGAGCUUUUAGUUUUUUAAGAAUAUUCAGAUGUUGGAACUGGAAUGUCAAAGUAAAAAAGUGCUGUAAUACAGUACUGUGAAUUUUUUAUGCUUUAGUUAUUCAUCGUCCGUGUUUUAGCGCGUUCUUAUGGAAAGAUCGUAUUCACACUGUGACUUAUCCUCUCUACCUAGCGCCUUACUUAAGUUCAAGUGCGCGUCAUUUUGCGCAGUAGCGAGUUUUAAUAUUAGGUUUAUGCUGUGUAUAUGUCUGAUUAAUCUCACAGGUUUAUAGGAUGUGUAUACUAAAGCGCUUCAGUGUACCUCUGUACAUUCACUAUUCCCCGAAAUUACUGACUAUGACUGGAUUAUUUCAAACACUAGAAUUAUUCUUUCGAAUUUUUUCAUCUCCAAAAAACAUUGUUCGUGCGUUGAUAAUAUCUUGCGUGUCGUUUUUUUAAACAGUAUGUUUUAAUAAAAAUUUGACAAAAGUUCGUAUUUGAGUUGGACAUCUCUAGAGCAGAUGAGAGACAGAAGCAGUAUGAACGGCUAAAAUGUUGGUGUUCAUUUAUAUCGUACGAUAAGUCAGUAAAGUAAUUGUCAUGAUGGGCCUAUCUGAGGUUAGUAAUAAACGUUUUAAAAAAGACUCAUACCACAGCACAGUUGAAUACUCGAAUCUGAUUGGUCAGAAAGUGUGCAUUGUUUUCGUGUAACAGCACGGCUCGGAAAGUAGUCCCGGCUGUAACGUGAAUGCUAGGUUAAUAUUAAUGCACUUGUUCUAAUAUGUUCUAUUAUUGUUUCUAUAGUAACAGCUCAUACACUAGGAUUCCUACACCGGAUGCUCCACAUAAGCCAAGACUAAUACUAAACAGAAUUUUUUUUAAAAUCAUUAUUUAAUAAUGUAAAACGUAUAUUCAUUGAUGUUAGUGACGUGGUGAUUGAAUGACCUAGAUGAAUACAGUAACUAAUUUGUCUCAUAGACAACAUGCACAACAUUAAUGUACAUGGAUGGAUCUAUAGACUAUAAACCAUUAAAAUGUGUGACGUACUAUUCAUUAAUAAUUUAAACAUUGUAAUUGGUGGCAAUUCGCUGUGGUAUAAGCGCAAUAACAUGCUCCAGACUGUGUUGUUUGACGAAAAUAGUGCACUUGCUCGAAGGAGUCUCCGGUCUCAAAGCUUUGUAACAGUCAGUAAGAUUUCAGGAUGGAGAACUUUAAGAUAUCUGGUUUCUUGGUAACAUUAUGAGCUUCAUUUUUUUAACUGCAAGAGAGAGAGGGAGCUACUGUCUAUACUAUACUGCUAUAACAUAACUGAUAACAGGAAAUAACAAGUCUCGUGGAUGUUCCACAAAAUAAAACAUAACUGUAAAGAGAUUAACGUAUGGCAUGUUGUUCUUUAAUUAUUACAAGAUGUGAUUGUUGGCGAAUUUCUGUUGUUUAAGAGGAAUAAAACACUCCAGGAUAUGCUGUUAUUGGAUAUUAAUCAACUUCAGGGUGCUAAUAAUUUCACUUUGCUUCAAGCUACAUGCGCAACCCCUUCAUUGAUUAUUUUCCUAUAACAGCAUGUCCUAUUGCGUUUCGAUCCUUACUUAUUGAAUUGUUUGCUGGACUCUCUAACCUUACCCAAGCUAAAUGUAGUUACAGUCAACUCAAAAUAUUGGCACCCUUCUUAAAGCUUAAACAUAUGGAAGAUCUUUAUAAUAGGUUUUUUUUUUUUAAGCAUAAAAUGUUCUUAAGUAUUGUAAAUAUUUUCUGUAAAACUCUGACAGAGAAUAACAGAGACGCACUGAGCCUUUUCCUGUAAUGUUUUUCUGUAAAGGUUGGAAACAUUUUAGAGGAUUACUCUUUGAACACUCUUUCUUCAAGCUCUAUUAACUAGAUUCUUAGUUUUGUAGCUUUUUAAUCCAGACCACGUCUUUAUUACGGCUUAAAUCCAGACAACGAUGUUACCACUGCAAAACUGAUUUUGUGUUUCAGCAAACAUUUGGGUCAUUAUGUUGUUAAAAGAAUGAUCUAAUUCUAGGUCUUGACCUCCUGGCAGAGGCAACCAGGUAUUGUGCUUCCACCAUAUUUUACAGCGAGUUAUCAGAUCAACAAGCUUCAGUUUCUUUUGUGUUGAAAGGUCAUGCAUGCAGCUCGGCCUGUAGGAAUGUAGACGCCUUACCACCAGCACCACCACCACCACCCCGUGUCCCCUCUGUGUCCCCUAUGUGUUCUCCAUCCUGCCUAUUUUACGCUUCUCAGCAUGUAGCUUAGCUUAUGAUAUAGUUAUAGAUAUGUUAUAAUAGUUUGAUAUGUUAUAGCUAUGUUAUAAAGAGUAUAUAUUCUCUUUAACAGCAAUCUCAUCUACGUGCCAACGUUCCCUAGAAAGCAGCUUAGUGUAGCUAAAUAGCCUAGUUAUUUAUAUAAUGUAUAAAUCCUCCUUCAAGUAGUCCCUGUUGCCUGUGCUCCCUAUCUUCCCUAUGCUCACUCUUCUGGGCGUGUGUUCCUUCGUGUUUGUGCAUUGGCGUCGGUGCAGGAGCGGCUCACUCAACGAUGCUGCGUUUCACUGCGGAAGCACAGCUCUUCCCAUCGUCACGAAGAUGGAGGCAGAGUUGGAUCAGUACGCCAAGGAAGUGCUGGACUUCAGCUCGCAUUACGGCAGUGAAGGGAGCAUGUCGUACACGAUGUGGAACGCAGCCGGAGCCCCCAGCGUGUUCCCGAGCUCAGGGGACUUCACGCACACGGCCGUGUUCCGCACGUACGGACGCUGGUGGGAGGACGAGCACGCAAAGCAAAGUUUCAGCCGCACGCCACGCUCCUUCCACAGCCGAGAUUUUCUCGAGGUGGCAUUUGAGGAGCAGGUUUUCCCCACUGCCAUCACCGUUCUGGAGACGUACCACCCCGGGGCCAUCGCCCAAAUCCUCGCCUGCUCGUUUAAUCCCUAUGCUGAAAACCACCCUACUGAUAUCAGGUGGGAGGUGCUGUGGGCGGGGGAGCCCACCAAAGUCGCCAGUCCUCAGGCACGUCUGUUUUGCCCCGCCAUCCGUCAGGUUAGCUUCGCCACCAAUUUACUGCGUUUGGAAGUAAACAGCUCUCUACUGGAUUAUUACACCGAGCUGGACGCCAUUGUGCUGCGUGGUGUGCGCAACCACGUCAGCAGCAUCACCACGCCCCUCAUUAUUGCCAACACCACACCCAACAAGGACAGUGACGUGCUUAGCAAGGAUGUCAACAUGAGCAACGGCUACUUCGACAAACUACCCUAUGAGCUGAUCCAGUUGAUUGUGAGCCACUUGGCUGUGCCAGAUCUGUGUCGUCUGGCUCAGAGCUGUAAGCUCCUACAGCGCCACUGUUACGACCCGCUACAGUACAUUCAGCUCAGCCUGCAGCCUUAUUGGUUCAGCUUGAACGAUCUGUCUCUGGUGCACUUACAAUCCCGCUGCGCAGUCCUGCAGCGCCUCAACAUGUCCUGGACCGGAAACAGAGGAGCCGUCACGGCAAGCGGAUUCUGCAGUUUCAUCAAGGCAUGCGGAGCGAGCUUGGUGUGUUUGGAGCUGUCGUGUUGUCACUUCCUGAACGACAUGUGUUUGGAGGUGAUCGCGCAGACGUGCGUGAGCCUUCAGGAGCUCGAUCUUGCGUCAUGCGACCGUCUCGAACCUCAGGCGUUCAACCACAUCGCUAAACUCGCACGCCUGCGCCGACUCAUCCUGUACCGCACCAAGAUUGAGCAAACUGCCAUAUUGAGCAUCCUAACUUUCUGUACUGAACUGCGACAUCUCAACUUAGGCAGCUGCGUGAUGAUUGAGGACUACGAUGUGGUGGUGAGUGUGUUGAGCGCCCGUUGUCGUUCCCUCGUGUCUCUGGAUUUGUGGCGCUGCAGGAGUCUGAGCGAGCGUGGCCUUGCCGAGUUAGUGUCGGGCUGUGGCGUUUUAGAGGAGCUCGACCUGGGAUGGAGCUCCGCCCUCCACAGCGGCUCCGCCCUCCACGGAGGAUCUGCCUCGUUCAGACAUGCGGCGCGCAGACUGAGCCGCCUGCGCAGACUCUACCUCACCGCUAACCGCAAUAUCUGUGACGCGGACCUGGAACACAUCGCAACACACUGUCCUGCACUGGAGCACCUCGAUAUACUGGGUACACGGUUGGUGAGUCCGGCUGCUCUACGCAGGCUGCUCCAGUCGUGUCCCCGCCUGCGUCUACUUGACGUUUCCUUCUGCUCACAGAUUGACAUGCGGACCGUACAGGAGCUCAGCGUGCUUUUCCCAAACGUCUCCAUCAAAAAGAGCUUCACCCAGUGACCCCUGACCUUUAACACUACUCACUUUGAUGUUGUUCUGAUGUUUUGCGGACACUAGGACCCUGUGGUCUGGCGCUCACAAGAUGCUCACCACAAUGAGCACAAACAUAAAACUGGAACUCUCUUUCACACACACACACACACUCACACACACACACACACACACUCUUAUCCAUUGUGUUUAUCAGAAAUCAACAAUCACCAUUGACGUGAUUUACACUUUUUUUUUGUUCACAUUUCUUGAAGUGGCUAUUUUUAAUCUCAUGGAUUUAUUUUUAUAUUGUGCCAUUAUUAAUUGCAGAUAAAUCCCAGUUAAAAAAACAGCAAUGUUUUAUAACAAACUCACAUUCUCUGAAAUAUGAACAAGUCAGUUUAACACUCCUAUUGUUUCCUUUUAAUGAACAUAAGAAGUAGAUAUUGAUUUAUUUUUUUAACAACAGCCAACUCGCAGACCAACAGCAGUUCAUACUGAAAAUGAAUAAUAAUUGUCUGGUGUGAAAGCCAGUUUUGAUUCAUUUUGAUUCUGCCAGCGAGUAACCCUUCUUUGUCUCGAGUGCAUGUAGGUGAAGAUAAAAUAAUUGGGCAAUCUGUAAUCUUUUUUGAGAAAAAAAAAUCGCUUAAAUUGAGGAAUCCUAGUCGUUCAUCUUUUCUUUAUACAUAAUUAUCCUAAAAUACAGUGUAAUACUUUUUUUUCCCAAUUGUCCUUUUUCUUUACAUAUAACACCGCCCCCUAGUGGACACAUUUACGUUAUGUUGACGGACGCUAGUCCGAACGUCUGCUCACGAUGAUGGAAAACGCUCGCAGAUACGAAGACUCAGAAUUAUAAAUCGAGUCCAAAGCCUAGUGCACACUAUACAGUUUGAACUCAUUUCCCAGUCGACAACUAAUUUUGGCUCAGGAGGUAGAGUGGGUUGUCCACUAAUCGUAGGGUUGGCUUUGGGCAAGACACUGAACCCCAAGUUGCUCCCGAUGACAAGCUAGCACGUUGCAUGGCAGCUCUGCUACCAUUGGUGUCUGAGUGUGUAUGAAUGUGUGAAUGAGAAACCGUGUAAAGCGCUUCGUAGAAACGUUAAGGUUAAAAAAAAAAAGCGCUAUAUAAGUGCAGACCAUUUACCAUGAAUUUCAGAGUACAGAAACAGCCAAUGAGAGCCUGAGACUAAAUCGCAUUAAUCCGCUGGAACGGGCAGCAGAUCCCUGAAUCCAGUUUAUCAUCCUUCUGUUUGUGUGGGAGCGAGAGGGCAAAAUGUAAACACAAUAAUAAUACGUCUGUAUAAUAAAAAUAUUUAUUCGUGUAAUACCAAGGGGGCACAUUUGCCUUACACCUCCAGGAUUGUGGGUUGGAAUUCUGCCUCCACCCUGUGUGCAUGGAGUAUGCAUAUUCUCCCUGUGCUUCAGGGAUCUUCUCCGGGUUCUCCAGUUUCCUCCCCCAGUCCAAAGACAUGUGAUGUAGGCUGAUUGGCAUUUCCAAAAUGUCUAGAAUGUGUGUGAUUGUGCCCUGUGAUUGGUCGGCACUCCGUCCAGGGUGUCCCCUGCCUUGUGCCCUGAGUUCCCUGGGCUAGUCUCCUAGCAGUUAUAGAAGUCAUACCAAAACAUGAUUCCUGACAGCGCACAGUAUAAAAAGUUCUUUUUUCCCCCCACUAUACGUUCUCUCCACAUCUUCCUAACCAAUAUUUCCUCCACAUUUGCUCUUCUUUCUCUUUUUUCUUGUUGCCCGUGCAAAAUAGUGUCAGAAAGUCAAUAGAAAGUGACAGACAUCUCUCAUGUUUAUUUUUGUGAGAAAGAGGGAUUCUGAGAUCUUGAUAAUCAUGUAGUGUGCACUCGGCUUAAAACGAUUAACGCCGUCCUAACGCUGUCUCGUGUUAACGUUUGAAUGUUCUGACUCGGCAAACAGUUCGGUAACACCCCCUUGAAAUUAUUUCUAGACCAGGCUCAAGUAUUUACUGGAAAACGAAUGAACCGGCAUUAAGCAGCUUUCACCUAAAUAUCUUCUCAAUAGCUAAUCUAACAUUGUAAUAGAGAUGUGAUCCUGUCAGGACUGACCCUAACCCUAGCACUAUCAGCAACGCUAACAGGACAAACACUAAACUAGACUGUACCUGCACCAGUCAGGGGUGCUGAUUAGAAGUGUUGAUUUGGUGGCUGUGCAAGCCUUAUAGGACAUACAGUAUACACACAUGCCGUGUCCGUGUGUUUAAUAUGUGAGUAUAGAUUAUUAUUUUUAGAUCAUUUUUGAGGAAUGUCUCAAAAAUACAGCAGUGGAUAAUAAUUCUCAGAUAAUGAUGAUAAUUAAGUGUUUAAUCACUAAUGAAAUAAAAAAUAGCUCUCAGACAUCCAGUCAGUGUUUUGAACCCAGCUCUUUUCUACUGAUGGUUUCAUUUAUGCGUUGUGUUAUCUAAGAAUGAAACAUGAAGUGUGUUGGAUUAUUUAUUGAAGCUGUGAGUUAAACACGUGCCAUCAACAUUGUGUGUGUGUGUGUGUGUGUGUGUGUGUGUGUGUGUUUGUGUGUUCACUGUCUUCCAUUUCCUUCGAAUAACAUGCUGAAUGCCAAACAGUAUGUCAGUGCCUUAUAUUGAAGAAGCGAUACUGUGUGUGUGUGUGUGUGUGUGUAUGAGAAACACAACUGUGAGUGUAAUAAAUACAAACGAUAUGGCUUAA